AUGCCUAAACCAUCUGAAGAAGUAUGGAGAGAAUCGGAAGAAGGUUUUCGUGAAAAAUGGAAUUUUCCUAACGCGAUUGCUGCCAUUGAUGGGAAACACGUGUUGAUACAGGCACCACCGCACAGUGGAUCAAAUUAUUUUUGUUAUAAAAAACACUUUAGUACGGUGCUAUUAGCCUUAGUGGAUGCAAAUUAUAAAUUCAUAGUCGUAGAUAUUGGGGCUUUUGGUAAAAACUCUGAUGCUAGCAUUUUGCGAAAUUCUAAUUUGGGUAAAAGCUUACAGAAUGGAACUCUAAAUAUACCUUCACCAAAAAUACUACCCGGGGGCAGUGACGUAUUACCUCACGUCAUAAUUGGUGAUGAAGCUUUCCCAUUAUGCACGAAUUUGAUGCGACCAUACUCACGCGACGAUGCACAAAGAAACGAAGAAAAAAUUUAA